CGCUUUAGUUAUAACAGCUGAGCAGGGCUCAGCUGAACCACCCCCCUUUUUCUCGUUAGUCGAUUAUCCAACCCUUCCGUUAUUUUUACUUACUGCAAUUCGUGCUUCCUCGUCCUCAAUAUUACUGAUACUUGCGUUACACAGCUAUUAUUGUGACAAACCCUCCUCUGACGCGACGUCCAAUAAGCUACACAGUGGGUUGCAAGUGCUGCUUCAUUGUUUUUAGUGCUCGACUGUGUCUCCUAUUCACGAAUUAAUGAAAAAAUUGAUGGAAACAGAUUAAUAUUUGGUUGUGAAGUGCUAUAAAAAUAAACCGCCAUGAAACAGGAUGGAUGUCGAAACGAUGAACACGGUCUCCAAAAACAGCUCUUCACCUACGGCAUCAAGCCUCAUUGUCGAGUCGACUUUUGUCAGCGUAAAACAAGAACAAAAUACCGAAGAAACGGGCAAUCUCUUAGAAGUGGCAAGUUCCAAUUGCAAUGCAGAACAACAUUAUGCGGCAGCGGAUUCGAAUAGUUCGACUCCGGCUAAAAGCUUCAUUCCAUGUAAAGUUUGCGGCGAUAAAGCAAGCGGCUACCAUUACGGAGUUACUAGCUGCGAAGGAUGUAAAGGAUUUUUCAGGCGUAGCAUUCAGAAACAGAUUGAAUAUCGAUGCUUGAGAGAUGGGAAGUGCUUGGUCAUAAGAUUGAAUCGAAAUCGUUGCCAAUAUUGCAGAUUUAAGAAGUGUUUAGCUGUUGGGAUGUCUAGAGAUUCUGUGAGGUAUGGUAGAGUACCAAAACGCUCUCGCGAACGAAGUCUCGAUGAAGGGACACCAGCAGCUACGACAACGUCUACGAUAAAUCACAACUUGUUAAACAGUGAAAGUCCUACGGGAGCGAGCGUCAAUAGUGUACCAAUGUCACAAUUAACGGCCACCAACACCAAUUCCAUUACUUCUAAUUCCAGCAAUGAAUGUAGGCUCACAAAUAAUAGCAGUAACAAUAACAGCAGCAGUAUCAGCAACAAUAAUACUAUCAGCGUUAACAACAACAAUAACAACAACAACAACAACAAUAAUAACAAUAACAACAAUUCUUGCAACCCGCAAAUCCAAAACGCGAUCGCUUGCACACCGCAAACAACUAUUGUGGAGGCCGACCAGUCAGACGUCGAAGCUAAACAGUCAGCUAUCUACGAUAUGAUAUUGCAAGUCUCGCAAGCACACCACGCGCAUUGCAGUUUGCCUGAAGAAUCGAUGCGAGGGAUCGCUAGAAAACCCAUCGUUAUACCGCCUGCCAGUCCCGAAGAUCCACAGGCAGCAUCUUCCACUGCAGAAACUGUCGAGUCGCAUAGAAUCUGGCUAUGGCAACAGUUUGCUUCACAUGUCACACCAUCAGUUCAGAAAGUUGUUGAAUUUGCCAAACGCGUACCCGGCUUCUGUGAACUCGCUCAGGAUGAUCAAUUGAUACUUAUUAAAGUUGGAUUUUUUGAAAUUUGGCUUAGUCACAUAGCCAAAAUGACUUCUGGCACAUCCAUGACUUUUGAAGAUGGUACUUACAUCACUAAACAACAACUUGAAAUUAUGUACGAGCCGGAUUUUGUCGCUGAAAUUAUGCAAUUUACCGCGGCGCUCAAUACCUAUCAGCUAUCUGAUGUAGAAAUGGGCUUAUUUUCGGGAGCAGUUUUGCUGAAUGAACGCCCAGGUUUGAGCGAUGUGAAAGCAAUACAAAGGUUACAAGAGCGACUGCUCGAGGCUUUACGCAUUCAAAUUUUGCGUAAACUCGUAGCUGAUAAUGAUUCGAACGAAUCUCAAAAUGACUGCACUAGUGAAGUUAACGAUGCAAACAGCAUUAAGGGACUAUCUCAAAGAAUACCCGAGCUUAAAGCUCUAGGAUUGAGACACACUAAUCUUCUUGAUUGGUUCAGGCGUAAUUGGACCAAAUUGAAGCUACCUCCACUCUUUGCUGAGAUUUUUGAUAUUCCUAAAUGUGAAGAAGAUCUGCAAUGAGAAGAGGUCUGAUUAGUAAUUGGCGAUUGAACGACAAAACUUUUGAUUAGAACAAAAUAUAAUAUGUAUUAGAGGAAGACAACAGAAUUUCGAGAAUCCAAAAUCUAUUCCAUUUUCGACUGAAAAUAAAUGUUAGCGAAAAAUUGGACAACUGUUUUCUUCAAAUAUAUUCGGAGCUAAGUUAUAAUAGGCGACGAAGAAUUAUAACUUCUGAAAUAGCUAAAGAUAAUGUAUUGAUAUUAAAUCUAUGUCUCUGUUUGUAAAUUCUCAAUCUUCUUUGUUGAAGCAGCGAUGCGUCAAUUUAAAAAAAAAUCAAAUAUUCUUUCUUACGAAUAAGUUAUACGAAACUUUUCCGUUUCUGAGUCGACUCCGACAAAUAAUAGAUACUUAUUUGGUUUGUGCGUAAUGGCGAUAAGACGAAUUAUGGUGCUGAAGAUUGAAGAAUGAAUUAUCAAAUUCGAAUAUAAUUCGCUCAGUUUUUAAACAUAAUAAGACAAAUUCCAAGACUCUAUCACGGUUAUAACCUUACAGCAAGUUUUUAAAACUAUUGAACCAAAAAACUUGUGUUAUACAAUUAGAGAGCGUAGUUUAGUUUUUGAAUGGCGUGCCCUUCCAAUCGAGUAAUAUUGUACUAGCUAUUAUGGAAAAUUACAUAUUUUACGUGCCACAAGAUUUUGUAAGAAAAAAAAAUUAGUGCAUUUUUCUGUCGAAUACAGUUGAUGUAAGUACAAUGCGAAGCUCAAUCUUCAUAUUUUCAUUACUAAGCGCAGAUUUACUAAAAUAAAUCUGGAAAUCUACAUGUCACUAUAUCAAGCACAUUUGCUGGAUGAUGAUUUUUGAAAUCAUUUGAAGCAAACCUCUGGCGUAGCAAUAUAGUCGAAUUUUCCAAUGCGUCAUAGGAAUAGCGUCACGCGAAUUGAUAAAAAAAUUAAAAACAAUCGUAAAAUAUUGUAUGUAUAAAAUAUGAGCGAGAUUCUAUUAUAAUAAAUUUAUAUUUUUAUUUCAUAGCGUAAUUAUACAUAAAUAUUUUCAACUUAUUUGAAGUGAAAUCUUAACGAACGCGUUACAUUCAAGAGAAUCGUUUUGUAUAAGAAAACUAAUAUCUAAGAUCAUCUUUAAUGCUGGGUGAAUAACAGAUAUCCAGUUAUGUAGACUAUAGUUUAUAAUUAUAUACAAGAUUAAAAUUGCAAUAAUUUAUUAAUGAAGGUAGUAUUUUAACCUAAACCAAAUAAAAUGAAACGAGACAAAAGAUUCUCGAAAAAGAAAGAACAAUUUGUUUGAAUAAUUUUUCGAGUAUAAUUAUUUAUAAAAUUGGCUGUGGAGUGAUGAGAUAUAAUUAUUUUAGAUCGUGAUUUUUAUCUGAUCUAUCACGUUUUAUAGCUUAUAAAAUAUGAAUCUUCAGCUCUAAGUAUCCGUGCUUUCAAUUACACAAUUAUUAUCUCAAUAUUCUUUAAAAAUAACACGAAGCGAAGGUGAGGUUUUUUCGCUUCCAAUGAAUUACCGUAGCAUCAAUAUGUGAACUUUAUACGACCUGAGAUAUUACGUAUAUAAAACAUAGUUAUGAUUGUCGUAAAACCGGUACUAUGUGCUUUUCAGACAAGAAAAUUGCUUGCCUUUUGUUUGUACAUACAUCGCUAAAACCUAGCAACUUUUGCUGUAGCAACGAUGCAAAAGUUAGAGUAUCUUUAUUUAAUAUAGCGGCAAAAAACUUAAACGUUUCCAAGAAUAAAACUAUAACAAAACACAUUACUACAUUUUAAUGACACUCAGUUUUAUGAUCAAAAUACAAACUCUAUCAACAAUGUUCUCUUUUCGCAUUCAGUGCACAGCAUGCUCAUGUCAUAUCGUUGUGAGGUCGUCCAAAUCUGAAAACCUGACUGCUCUCAUUGUAAAGUCUUUCUAAGAACUUGAAAACUAAAAAAAAAUAUAUUUAGGCUUUGAUUAUUUCAAGAAGCGAUAAAAUAUGUGCAUUCUUACUGUGAGAAGAAUUUUUCGAUCGAUAUUAUCAUUAUCAUUUAGUUUGUAUGAUUACCGGAAUUAUAUAAGCAAAGGAUACUGAGAUUAUAAUAUAAAAUAUGAUUUCCUACCAAUCCGUAGGAGAUUGUUUAAUAUUGUGCUAAAUCACUGAUGCUGAAAUAUGGAGAAAUGUAUUUAUUUAUUGCGGUGCAAUGAAAAAGUUCUAUUUUUAUUGUAUUAAAAAAUUGUAUGUGCAAUAUUCGAAAUAAUUGAAAGAAUGUAGUUAAUCCGAAGUCGAUUUGGCGAGUAAUGAAAUAAAUCAUGUUACGAAUUGUUAUAAUAAUUUAUGAAUUACUAACGUAAUGAUUAAACUAUUUUGGCAGUAGUGCGACUCAAUGUUAUACUGCGAAGAAUGAAUUUUUUAUCAGUGUUCAAUAUAUUAUGUAGAUAAUGCAAUAGUAAUUACAUUUAUAGAAAAGUAAGAUAAAUUUUUGCUAUUGAAUAGAUUGUCGUAGUAUUUUCCCGCUCACUGAAUAAGGCUUUUAUUUACUCUCUGAAAUAGUAGCAUUAAAAAUGAAUGCGUGCAAGAUUUCUGUACAUUUAUAAUGAAUCUAUAUCGAGUUCUCUAUUAGUUCAUGCAAAUCAAUGAUCUGCUGAUAACGGCGAGUGUUAAGACAGUGCAUAGCCAUCAUGAAUAGUCUGUUUUAAAGAUUUUCUCGUAAUCAAAAAAUAUACUGAAAAAUGAAUUGAAUCUACAUACUGAAUUAUCUCUAACUCGAAAAUGUACAAUAGGUACAUUUUCUUAGAUGAAUUUGACGUGGAGGCCAAGAAAGUUCAUUAUCAAAGAAAUUUUCACAGCUACUGUAUUUAAUUGGAAUAUCAAGUUCAUGAGACAUCAUUGUAACAAAACAGAUGUAAGAAUAGUUUUAACAGUUUGAUAAAACUGAUUUUCCGAGAGUAGAAGAAGCCGGAUUGACACGGAUAAAGGAAUCGAACUAUAAUCAAUUGGGACUUCCGUCUACAACCGCUUUAUCAAAUUUCAUUUCAUAAUCGUCACGGCAGUCACAAAAUCAAAUUAAAUAACAACUGAAGAAUUUGAAUAUUUAUGUCCGAUUGUUAAAUUUUAUUCAAUUCAAUUAAUAACGGAAACACUCAUUUUUUACUAUUGGAUAUCAUUUCAAAAGUAAAUGUCGAUACGUUCAAUUAUUGAUUGCAGAACGCUGUAAUUAAGAAAUAAUUUUAUUGAUAUAUCGAAAAUAAAAUGGCAAAAAAUAAGUAUUCAAUAUAUCCUCGUUCUUCUGGAUGUGCGCGACAAGCCCGUUGCUUUCUUAACUAUAUGGAUAUGGUGUAAACUGUUUUUUUAUACUUCAUUAAAGAUUAUAAAUAAAUGUUUACGUUUCUCGCGUUGUCCUUAUCAAUCUAGUGCCUUCAAAUUCGUGGGAUUUAAAUAAUUUUGAUUGGAUAGUCAUUUCUGGGCUUUCCAUCAUUUGCAAUUAAAUAACAUUUUUCAUUACAAAUAUAUAGUUAUACGUAUAUUAAGUUUGUAAAUACUUCAUUUUCAUGUAAAUUAAAAAUUCAUUGAUAAGUUAGCUACUAGAAUUUGGAAUAACACAAAAAAUAGAUUAUUGAAACUACACAUAAAUUAUUAUAUUGAGAAAAUUAAGUGAUAACACCGUUCUUUUGCAGAUCAGUUCGUUUCGAUAUUGCUAGUAAACAAAUGCUAACUAAUCAAAAUACUUACUUCUUUCAGGCAACCUUUCUGGCUAAUAACUAAAAUUUUGGAUCAUUUUUGUGGUUGAAUUUUUUUUAAAUAUAAGUGAACUUGAGAAAUCGAAUACAUUAAAAAAGCCCAAUUAAUAGUGAUUUUUAUUUAUUAUCUUUUUUAAAAAAUCGUAAACUGUCACUUGUCCGAAAAUAAAUUAUGGCAAAAAGUUUAAUUAAGUCAUUAUAUAUGUAAAAUAUAUAAUUCAUGCAUAUCUUUAAUAAGUCAUCCUCUAUACAUAUCUUAAUAUGUACGUACACAAAGGUACACAGAAUGUAUGGGUAAAUGUAUAAAUGAACAUUGUUAUUUCGUAUUACUAAUUUAUAAUUUUUAUAUAUUUCUUGCUAAUAUAUUUAUUAGUAAUAAAAUGGGCGAACAUCCACCAAAACUAUCUGUAGAGUUAUAAUGAAUAUUUUAUGCUAGCAAAACUUUUUCGAAUGAGUCAAACAAUUUAUACUAUACGCAGUUAUAGAGCUCACAUCCAGUUGUAGAUUAAUUGCAAGUACAACAUUUCAAGUUGACGAAAACCGAUUGGAUAAUAUAUUUAUAAUGGCGGCAAAAAUAAGAAAAAAAUGUAAUGAAUUAACGUGUUGAAAUUAAUCAAAUCCGCAGUAGUUGUAUAUAAAAUUGUAAAUGAUAUUGAUUGUCUUUGAAUCAGCUUUGUUGACAAUGUGAAAAUCCAAAAUUAUAAAUUAUGCCCUCUACAAAAUUUCCUUCGUAAAAAUUAUUAUUAGUGCAAAUCGUGCGCAUGUAAUUUUGGCUCGUAUAAAAUGCCAUGUAACGCUGCGCGUUUUUACAUAUCAUAUUUUAUGCAAUGUUGUCAGUAUAUAAGGGAAUAAAUAUAUAAUGUAUAUCUUUUUUGCACAAAUCAAUAUCUGCACCAAGUAGUACGAAAAAUUACUGUUGUACAUAAAAUUCAAAUUCGUCCAUAAACGAUUGUGAAUAACUUAAUUUGCGAUGAAAAUAUGCAUAUUCAUUACAAUUUGGAAAAUUAGUUCAUCAAUUUUAUUACUUUUUGAAACCGUUAAGUCUUGACUUGGGGUUCGAUCGAUUGCUACAUCGUGAACUAAUUUAUAAAUCUUAAAUAUUACGUUUCGGGACGUAACAAAACUAAUAUUUUUAAUUAGUACUUAUGAUAUCUAAAUAAAAAUACGUUUAAUAUACUAUACAUGAAACCUUUCACGUCUUUUAGAAAUGUAUCGAGCUAUCAAAUGAGCUAUUAAAUUUAAAAAAAAUUCUGUUUUACCAAUUUCAAUCAUAUAUUUAUUGAAUAGCCCUUCAAAGCUUAUGUUUCAUGUUUGGAUCUUUAAAUAAUUUAUAAAUCUUCGUCAACACAUUACAACCUUUAUGCAAUAUUUGAGAAGCAUAUCAGAGCAGCUCUAUUAUUUGUAAUAUACUAUUGCUUUGCUCACGGAAUUGUCGUACUUAUAACUAUUCUAAUGUGAUACUCCUCUAUUAUCAUAACUUUUUUUGAAUAGCCGUACACAUGAUUUUUUAUGUUAUAUAAGUGCCUGCAUUAAAAAAAGGAUAAAACUUUUACUUAUAUUAGAAAAUCAAACUGAUCGAUUGUUACACGUUUCAUUAUUUCACCAAUAUCGAGCUGUGCCAAAACAUAUUAUACAAAAGCAUAAAAAGAGCUAAAUUUGGUUUUCAAUAAGUUAAAACAGGUGCAAAAAUUAAAUCUUUACGAAUAUAUGAAUAAUUUUGAAAAUAAUCCAGUUAUCAGACGUAGAUUUGAAAAGUUAGCAAUAUAGUAUCAAAUAAUUGCCAGACUAUCCAUUUGUAAAGGAUAAGAUUAAAUUCGUAACAGUAUGGUAGCUGCUAAUAUUGCGCUAAGUUACGAAGUGAUUUAAAUAUGUCACUUCUUGAAUUAUAAAAUUAUUGAUAUUUAUUUAUAAUUUAAUUUGUAUAUUUUUGAAGUCGCGUAAAAAUUUCAAUUAUUCUAACAAACAUAUUUUAGAAAACCAAUUACUUACUUUCAAGAAAGUAAGUGUAUUUCGGAAAAAAUCAAUUUGACAUUAUAUAAAUUUUGAAUCGAUAGUAUAUUUUUAAAUACAUAUGCAAAGUAGUUGAAAUAUUUAACUCGUAAUAACAAUGCAAACCCCAUACACGAAUAUAUUCUUACGGUUUACUAAUUCGUCUGCACUUAUUCGUCGAUGUUAACUUUUCUGAUCUUAAUAUAGUUUAAGGCUCUAAUAAAACUAAAAAUGAAAUGUUUUUUCAAACUAAGAUAUAUUUGAUUUGAGCUAAAAAAUCACUUUAACAAUUAUUUUAUAAUUAACAAUUCAUUUAAUUGUAUCGCACUUUAGAUAGAAUUUUUAAUUGUGUCCCAUUUAAUGUAUUCGUGCGCUCGCCAAAAUGUGUUCUCCUUAUAAUUGUUUAUGCGUACACAAUUAAAUCAUCAACUUCAUAAUAAUGUACUUUCAAAAAAAUACAUGUAUAAAUAAUUAUUUACAGAAAACUACAACUCUACAGUAAUUUUAUUAAAAAUCCAAUGCUUUAACGAAUUUUCUAAUAAAAGUUAUUUUA